GCGCUACACGGCAUCCACGUAUUCACGUAGUUGCCAAGAACCCGAAAGUGGAAAAAAUCAGUCGUCAAAAGAACGUAACACACGCCGAGUGGUAAGUAAUCUGUCAACCCACUAAAAGCAAAGAACUGCUUUAUUUAUCUAUUAAACGAAAAUGGAUCAGAUCAAAAAGUUCACUGAACCUGGAAGGCAAUUCGCCAAGGACAGCAUUCGCCUUGUCAAAAGAUGUACGAAACCUGACCGAAAAGAAUUCCAGAAGAUCGCCAUCGCUACAGCGAUAGGCUUCUGCAUAAUGGGAUUCAUAGGAUUCUUUGUUAAACUUAUUCACAUCCCAAUCAACAACAUCAUUGUCGGGUCCUAAGCCGAAUGGAGAUUAUUUAUUAAGAAUUAUUAGGUGUAAUUCUCCACUUUAUCCUUCCUCCCUCUUCCUUUCCCAUUGUCCUUCCAACAUUCCUUUUCUUACUCUUAUUUAUGCAAUAAUUAAUCUUUAUAUACAUACAUAUAUAUAUUAGAUUCAAAAAUUAAUUACAAUGAAUGUAAUACGUAGCAUGAGC